AUGAGUACCUUAUUUAUGAGAUUAAUGCUACUAUAAAUUAAAAAGGAUUUAAAUGCUUUUUACCUUUCUAAUCUAUCAAAUAUUAAAUAAUUGAUAAAAGAUCUGCUGAAGAAUAAUUAAUUAUUGAUAAUUAUGUUAAUGGUCAAAUUCAAUAUCUAAUCUAUUGAUGGUAUAAUGAAUAUUGUUCAAAAGGCUGAUUAAUGUAAUUAAUAAUAAUAUAAUAUUUAUAAAGAUGGUAUAAAAUUUCCAGAUAGUGUUAGUGAGAAAGAUAAAGCAUUAAUAAUAAUGUUUUGUAUAUUUAUUGAUUAUUUGUGGUUUGAAAACUUUUGA